GGGCGGACCUAGGGCGGCUGUCCCGAGCACUUUGGCUCCGGGCUGCUCUGCCCUGCUGCCCGCCACGUCUCCACGCCGGACCGCGGGCGCCUUCGCCUUCCGAGGGCCGCCCGGCCUCUGCAGGCCUGCCGCGCCCGGUGUUUGCUCCUUUUCAAACCUAGAUGCAACUGUUAGCAGAGUGGAGCAUCUGCCUGCGUCCCACGUGUGCCGCAAAGCAUGCCGUGGCCCGGGAGUGCUCCUCGCAGCCGCCCUCGCCUCCUGCACAGCCAGACCUCACCUGACCGGCACACGGUGCCAAGCCCACAGCUCUCCAAGGGGGAAGAUGGCCUGGCCUGGGAACUCGCCCUGAGCACCUGCCUCUGAUCCUCAUCCAAGAGCGGGUGGCGACAGCAGCCUGCGAGCGCCGCAGGGAGCCUCAGGGACCGCCCCCAGCCCCGCUCCCAGCUCACCCACAAGAUGUGGACAGCCCUCAUGCUCGCCUGCCUUUCCUCCGUGUCCUUAUCCGGAAGCCUGGUGGCCUCCCAGGGUCCAGGGUCCCCAACCCUCAGCCCAACACACGGUAACAUAGGCAACGAAAGUGCAUCCAGGGGAAUAACUAAGAGCAUCUUUAACACAACGUCUGGAAGAAUGAUGACACUCUCUCCUGUCACAUCAGCCAGAGGGACUUUGGGGGCCAACCACAGCUCCCCUGCGGUCACAGCAGGGGGAACACUCAGGACAGAUGCAGAUGCUGUGGCAACCGUGGCAGGUGGCCCUGGCCUCACAGCCUCCAAGGUGUCCACGCCGCCCUCCCCAGCGUCCACUCAACCCGCUCCAUCCUCCACGGCCGCUCUCAGCAACCCCCGCACCCAGGCGCCCGGCAGCAGCACGUCGCCAAGAGCUGCACCUCCGCCGCCACCGGCCCCCAGCGCUCCGACCGCUGCCGCCACCUCAGCGAGCGCGAGCAGCCCCCGCGGCGCACAGAGCCCUGCCGAGCGCAUGCCCGGCCACUCCACAGCCAGCCCCACGCCCUCCGUGGGUCCCCAAACACCCAGCGCGUUCACUCAAGCCCCUGCCACCCAGGCGUCGACCACCCAGCCCAUGGCAGACACAGCAAGUAGGCCCACCCUGCCCCUCGCAAAUACAACCUCAGGGUCCACCCUUUCUUCUGUGGCUUCUGUGUCCACCACAGUGGUGACAGCCACCAAGGCACAAGCUGAGGGGCCAGCUACCAGCACAGUGUCAGCUCCUGUGCCUCACACCAGCGGGACCCCUGAGGCGGAGCCUGUGUCCCCCAGGACAUCGCCAAGCCCUGCUCCAUCUACCCACGGGGCCACGGGCACGCCCCCUACACCGGGGCAGGUACAGCCUGAGGCUGCAGGUGGUACUGCUUCCACCGGCCCAACACUCGGGAGCUCAGGGGACCCUAAGAUGCCAACCACUGACUCGUGCCAGCUCAGCACCCAAGGCCAGUACCUGGUGGUCACCACCAACCCCCUGCCCCUGUCCCCAGUGAACAGAAGUGCCCUCCUGGCCGUGCUGUUGCUCGGGGUGACCCUUUUUGUCACAGUCUUGGUUCUGUUUGCCCUGCAAGCCUACGAGAGCUACAAGAAGAAGGACUACACACAGGUGGACUAUUUAAUCAACGGGAUGUACGCGGACUCAGAAAUGUGAGGCAUGGGGAGGCUGGCCUUCAGCCCCAGCUGGACCCUUCCCUGCCUCCCGUUUUCCCUCUGAGACCAAACCAAGUGCUUCCAGAUUCUUCGGUGCGACUUAGGAGAUAAUGCCAGAUGCUUAAACACAUGUAAUUAUUGUCAGAUUUAUUCCAUGAUCACUAAAGAAUUG